AUGGCUCAAGCUCCAAUCCUCAAUCCGACUCUUCCGUUUGUUGGACCGAUACAAAAUGGUUUGAAACAAGGCACGCUGCUCAGCUUCCAUGGCACGUCGUUCCCGUCUUCAAACAGGAUCUGUAUAAAUUUACAAAUUGGUCCGAAUGUUGCUCCUCGAGACUCUGUUGCCCUGUUUGUUGCUUUAGACUUCAACCGUAACUUGAUUGUCAGGAAUAGUAUUCAAGCACAAAAUUGGGGAGUGGAGGAAUCUCACGGUCCACCUGUGGCCCUAAUUCGAGGUCAGCCAUUUAAAUUGGACAUACUGUGUGAUGCUUAUGAAUAUAAAAUUGCAUUUAAUGGAUCUCAUUACGCAGAAAUGAAACACAGAAUACCAUUUCAAAGUGUGUUUUAUUUAGCUAUUGAUGGAGAAGCACAAUUACAUAGUAUACAAAUAAAUUCAGUCGGAAGUACACAGUUUGGUGGUCCUACAAUGUCGAUGCCUGGUAAUCCUCCUGGGUAUAUGCCCAUACCCGGACAGAUGCCUAUGCCCGGACAGAUGCCUAUGUCUGGACAAAUGCCUAUGCCUGGACAAAUGCCUAUGCCUGGACAGAUGCCUAUGCCUGGACAGAUGCCUAUGCCUGGACAGAUGCCUAUGUCUGGAAGCUAUGCACCUGGACAUAUGUCAUCAGCAGGUCAUAUGCAUAUGCCUGGAGCUCCACCUGGAACUGUUCCUCCUUAUGCUUCAGGUUAUAGUGCCUAUCCUGGCCAAACUCAUAAUUCACCUUAUUUACAGAAACAUACAAGUUCACCAAUUAAACAUGCUAUCAAUCAAGGGCUAACUAAUUAUGCUGUAACUGGACAUAUUCACCCUCGUAAAGCAGCAAAAGCUCAAAAUAAACAAGCCAAAAAAGCCGCCAAAAAAGCUUUGAAAUAUGGUAUUCCUGUUGCUGGAGUUGCUGGAGCCGGUGUUGGUGCCUAUGCUAUGUACGAAGGGUAUAAACACAAGAAGGGAUCAAAGUCAUCAAGUAGUAGUAGUAGUAGUAGCAGUAGUAGUAGCAGUAGCAGUGAUUGA